AUGGCCACCACAUCCAAGCAGCGCCUCGCGCUGGCCAUCUGCGACUUCCUCACAACGUCGCUAACGGACGGCACGCUGCAGGCCGAGGACCAGGACUCGGUCGACAUCGCCGUCAACUGCAUCGGCGAGGUCUUUGGCGUCGACCCAAGCGACAAGGCCGCCGUGUCGCAGGCCGUCGGCUCGCAGAGCCUGCUGCAGAUCUACUCCGUCUAUGAGAAGCUCAAGAGCGCCACGCCCAAGCCCGCCGCUACUGCCGCUGCCACAGCCAGCACCCCGUCGUCAUCUUCAGCAGCAACAGCGCCCAGCGACGAGCAAAAGAAGCAGGCCGAGGCGCUCAAGUCCAAGGGCAACGCGGCCAUGGCGCAAAAGGACUACGCAUCGGCCAUCGACCUGUACACGCAGGCCCUGGCGCUGCACCCGGGCAACGCCGUGUUCCUGUCGAACCGCGCGGCGGCCCACAGCGUAGCUCGCGACCACGAGUCGGCCAAGGCCGACGCCGAGGCCGCCGUCGCCGUCGACCCCAAGUACACCAAGGCGUGGAGCCGGCUGGGGCUCGCGCGCUUCGCGCUCGGCGACGCCAAGGGCUCCAUGGACGCGUACAAGAAGGGCAUCGAGUUCGAGGGCAGCGGCGGCAGCGAGGCCAUGAAGAAGGGCUACGAGACGGCAAAGCGCCGCGUCGACGAGCUGGCCGCCGACGAGGCCGACACGACGCGCGACGUCGGCGGUGCGCCCGGCGGCGGUGGUCCGAGUCUGGGUGAUUUGGCUGGCAUGUUUGGCGGCGGCGGAAGGGGAGCGGGUGGCGGUGGCGGCGGCGGCGGCAUGCCCGACUUUGCGUCCAUCAUGAACAACCCCAUGUUUGCGUCCAUGGCGCAGAACCUCAUGAGUAACCCCGACACCAUGGCCAACCUCAUGAGCAACCCGCGCCUGCGCGAGAUGGCCAACCAGUUUGGCAGCGGCGGCGGCCUGCCCGACAUCAGCUCGUUGAUGUCGGACCCCAACAUUGCCGACAUGGCUCGUUCCAUGAUGGGUGGUGCCGGAAGAGGUGCUCCGGGCGAUGGUCCCGACGGCGGCGCUGGGAGGUGA